AUGAAAUUCGACAAGUUCGCCAAACAGCAAAUGAACACAGAAGACGUUCGUAUCGACACGAGAUUGAACAAGUUUGUUUGGUCAAAGGGAAUCAAGAAUGUGCCUUUCCGUGUGCGUGUCCGCUUGUCACGACGUCGCAAUGAGGAUGAGGAUUCCGUGCACAAGCUCUACACCCUGUGCACCUACGUUCCGUGCACCAACUUCAAAAACCUAACGAACGUGAAUGUUGACAGUGAAGAGUAA